AGCAGGGUGGCGGCGAGGGGGUGGGGGCCUAGAAGGGUAAGUCCCCUCCUUCGCCGGCUGCCCACCCACUCACCCACCGCAAGCCAGCUUUUUUCUUGUUAUUUGUGCUCUGGGAAAGCACGCCGGGCUCCUGGAAGAGCCGCCUGUUACCUGGGCUUUCAGGAAAAGCCGCAGCCCCGGGAUCUGCGCCUGUCCCCGCCCCCACCCCGGGGCCUCAGAGCAUCUGGGCCACCCUGUCCGGGAAGAGGCCCUGCACUCGGCCAGCAGCCUGGAGAGUCACCGAGGGAUGAGGACGCCACAGCCCGGGGGAGCACCCUUUAUGCUCUCGCGGCCCCGAGCGCGCAGCGCCCAGGAGCCGGAUAGAGCCUGACGCCCUGUCGUCUCCCCUCGCGCACAGGGCUCUGCGAGUGAUCCGGCCGGCCAGCUCCCUGCUGCAUGGAACGGCUGCAGAAGCAACCACUUACCUCCCCUGGGAGCGUCAGCUCCUCCCGAGGCUCCAGUGUUCCGGGCUCUCCCUCCAGCAUCGUGGCCAAGAUGGACAAUCAAGUGAUGGGCUACAAGGACUUGGCUGCCAUCCCCAAGGACAAGGCCAUCCUGGACAUCGAGAGGCCUGACCUCAUGAUCUACGAGCCCCACUUUACCUAUUCUCUGCUGGAACACGUGGAGCUGCCCAGAAGCCGGGAGCGCUCGCUGUCACCCAAAUCCACAUCCCCCCCACCAUCCCCAGAGGUGUGGGCGGAGAGCCGGUCCCCUGGAACCCUCUCUCAGGCUUCAGCCCCAAGAACCACUGGCACGCCCCGGACCAGCCUGCCCCAUUUCCACCAUCCUGAGACCACCCGCCCAGAUUCCAACAUCUACAAGAAGCCACCCAUCUACAAGCAGAGAGAGUCCACAGGAGGCAGCCCUCAGAGCAAGCACCUCAUUGAAGACCUCAUCAUCGAGUCGUCCAAGUUCCCUGCAGCGCAGCCUCCCGACCCCAACCAGCCAGCCAAGAUCGAAACAGACUACUGGCCGUGCCCCCCGUCGCUGGCCGUUGUGGAGACAGAGUGGAGGAAGCGGAAGGCGUCGAGGAGGGGGGCUGAGGAGGAGGAGGAGGACGACGACGAUGACUCCGGGGAGGAGAUGAAGGCUCUCAGGGAGCGUCAGAGAGAGGAACUCAGUAAGGUUACUUCUAACUUGGGAAAGAUGAUCUUGAAGGAAGAGAUGGAAAAGUCAUUGCCUAUCCGACGGAAAACCCGCUCUCUGCCUGACCGGACACCCUUCCAUACCUCCUUGCACGUGGGAACAUCGAAGUCUUCUUCCCUCCCCGCCUACGGCAGGACCACCCUGAGCCGGCUUCAGUCCACAGACUUCAGCCCAUCUGGGAGUGAGACCGAAAGCCCAGGCCUGCAGAACGGAGAGGGCCAGAGGGGGAGGAUGGACCGGGGGAUCUCCCUUCCCUGUGUGCUGGAGCAGAAGAUCUAUCCUUACGAAAUGCUGGUGGUGACCAACAGGGGGCGAACCAAGUUGCCUCCAGGUGUGGAUAGGAUGAGGCUUGAGAGGCACCUGUCAGCAGAGGACUUCUCAAGGGUCUUUUCUAUGUCUCCCGAAGAGUUUGGCAAGCUGGCUCUGUGGAAGCGAAACGAACUCAAGAAAAAGGCCUCUCUCUUCUGAUGGCCCCCACCUGCUCUGUGACUGACCCUCACCCUUGCCGCUUCAGGGCUCUGGAGCUGGGGUCACUAGACCCCCAAGCAUCAUCUCUGGGGGGAGCAGGGUGGUGGGGCAGAGGUGGGGUUGGCUCCGUUGCCGAGGUCGAGGGAGAGCAAGGCCUCUGCAGUGCUGGGGCUUGGGGACGUGGACCUCCUUCCCCAUGAUGAGCUAGGGGUGGGGGCCCCUUCUCUCAUCCCUGGUCCUCGCUGCACAGGGCAAACCCAGCGUGCACUCCAGCACACGCAGAGUUAGUGUCUGCACCCUCUCCCUGCCCCCACCCCCGUGUGAAGGUCCCCAGAAGAGAGUGACGAGACACGAACAUGACACUUAGUGGUCAAGCCUGUCUGCUGUCCCGACCAACGGGUGGGAAGCACCCUCGGGCCUGGUAGGAGGCACGUGAGGGUGGGAAGCAGCCACGCAGGCAGAGAGCGCCCAGGACCCUCUGUGCACCCAAGCACUCCUCUGCAGCUCACCUGGGACGGGUUCCCCUGCCCCUGGGCCUCCCGCCUCUCAGCCUCCAGCAGGGAGGCCACCCAGCCCUCUAGCUCACCCUGUCCUCUCCUUGUGACCCCCAAGCUUCAAAGCCUCUUGCUCCAGCCCUGAGGCUUCCCUAGAAGCCUCGGCUUAGAGUGGAGAUGUCGCCUAUACAGACCCGCAGCCCAACAUCAGCCUUCAGGCUGAGUCGGCUAGAAUGCUACCUUCUAGCAUCCAGGGCCCGGGCAGAGCCCAGGCCUUUGGGCUCCCCUGGACGGGAUGGGGAGCCAGGCUGAGAGUCCUGGCUACCAGGUCCCACCCACACCCCUGCAUCCCCCACCACGCUCUCUAAAGAAUGUAAUUUAUUGGGGCACCCCCCAGCUGCUUUCCUCACCUAACUCUGCCCUACCUUAAUCACGCUCCCAGCUUUUCUUCUCUCCAAAUACACGUGUAUAUAAUUAUAUAUAUAUAUUUUGGCCGGGGUCUGGGUUUUGUUCCUGCCCAGACCCCGACAUCCCUUUCCGCCGUGUGUGUGUGAUGAUGCUGGGGGAGGGGGACUCUGCUUGGAAUUAAAAGGUUGCAUCGGGGCCCCAUAUCUAUUUCUUCUUUAUGAGCCGCCAGAUCUGAGAGGGACAGGUGAUGCCAGGCUGAGAAAAGCCACGGAGCGAGGGUUCAAAUGGCGGGGUACACAGAGCUGGAGGAGAGAGAGCGAUGGCACACAUCCUACCCUCCCCCAUCCCUGGGCCAGAAAAGCGGGGGGCAGUCUAGCAGGUCCUGUCUGCCUCCUCUCCUUCAGGGGCUGUGCAGUGGUGACAUGGAUGAGGGGACAGAAACUCACACUCUGGAGCAUGAAUAUAGAGCCAGCUGGGAGAAAAGGCUCUGCCCUUCACUGGGCCCCUAAAUGCACCCCCUUGGCGGUCAGGCUCAUCAGCAGCUGACAUGGUUGUACCCCUCCAGGUCUAUGACACUCACAGUUCAAUGGGGAGGCCAAACACCCAGUAAAGGUCAACUGUGUAGGAGUGGGCAGUGAGCUGAUAGUCGAGGGUCAGGCGGGGAAAACUAAGGGGUGGAGAAAUGAUGGGGGAAAUCCAGCAGGAGCAAGGGUCAAGUGGAGGCCAAGGGAGCAUGAGUAGCUUGGUCCUGGAUGACUUGGCAGGACCGCCCAGGGGCAGUAGACAUGGAACGGGCCUGCUGCAGUGGGUGGAGGGGGUGAAGACGGGACUGGAAGAUCAGGACUUUGGGUGUGAGGGCCGGCGGGGAUGGGGCCGGCUCACCUGCGGGGAACAGAACCUGGGUUUGGGCACCUGAAGAGGUACGCAGUCCAGAGGACCCGGUGAGUUGGAGGGGGCCCUGCGUGUGAACCCAAGACUGGACCUGGCACCUGAAUCAACUCUCCUGCCCUUGGAGGAGUUUCUAGCCCCUUUGGCUGAAACAAAAGCAAAGUGGAUAAGAACUGCUCAAGUGUGAACGAUUAAACUGUAGGAGUUCUGCUACAUGCACAACAUUGAUCGUCUUAACAAACUUGCGAGGUCAACGGCACAGGUUGUUUUCAUCCUUCUCGAGAAUGAGAAAACCGUGGAAGAGAGACAUUUCACAAGCCUGAAGCUACAAGCAACUAAUGAUUGCAGACUGGAAACACACAUCCCAGUUUCUUCACUGCUAACCUGGGUCAUUCCCAGUAUAGACACAGUUGCCUCUCUAGGGGCAGCAAAAAGAGGAAUGGUACCCACACACACGUACCCAGGAUUAGGUGUUCAGCAAAAGUUUGGAAGGCUUAUCCCAUUCCGGCAUGAGGGAAACGGGUGACAAGGCCAGCACCCCCCUGUCCACGGAGCUCCCAAGCUCUUGAGCACCAAGGGGUGUGAGGAGUGUUUGAUCACAGUGCACUGGGAAAUGUUUGUGGUGCGAGCAGACUGGACUCGAAGUCCUAAAGGAUCUGAAGUUCCUGAGAAUUUAGAGCGGCUCAAAGUGGAGGUCUGUCCUAAAAUAAAACCUUGGUGAUUAUUUA